GAAAGAGACAGAGAGGAAAGAAGAGACAGGAAAGAGGAAAGAAGAAAGAGGAAAGAAGAAAGAAGAAAGAGGACAGAGAGGAAACGAAGGAAAAGGAAGAGGAAAGAAACAGAGGACAGGAAAGAGGAAAGAGAAAGAGAGAGAGAGGACAGGAAAGAGGAAAGAAGAAAGAGGACAGAAAGAGGAAAGAAGAAAGAGGACAGAAAGAAGAAAGAGGAAAAGAAGAAAGAGGAACAGAAAGGAAAAGAAGAAAGAGGACAGAAAAGAAGAAAAGAGAGAAAGAAGAAAGAGGACAGAAGACAAGAAAGAGGAAAGAAG